AUGUCGCAACAAGAAACGCUACACCAACCAACGUCCAUGAUUCCUUUCGAACAGCAACAACAUUCAAACUUCCAAAUAUAUCCUACUCUCUCAUCUCAUGGACAUUAUUCACCACAGAUCGAUGAAGAUUGCCCAACAUUGAACAAUACAACAGUUCCAAUGACCUCGCAUAGUGACACUUUUCCAACUCCCAGCAUCAUUCAAAUGUCAUCUGGUACUUCUGCCGAAAGCAAAAUGUCAUGGUUUCAAUCCUUGAUCCAGUCCAUGAAAUCCAAUAUAAAAUAUAAAACCAUACAACGCGUACUUGUACUCCUCAUAUGCUUGUGCGUUGUCAUCACGUCCAUUGCAUGGAAUUUCGUUUUUGGAGUUUUAAUGAGUUUGAAAGUCGUUCUUUGUAUUGCUUCAGGAAUUGUCAGUUUCAAAAAGCAUUCUACUUUUUUGAACAUUGUGUCCGUGUUGCUCAUGCUUGAACUAAUUCUGAAUGUUGUUGCUUCGAUUUUAUUGGUAACCUUGUAUCGACGUGCCUUUAUGGAUAUUGUUCAUUUUCAAGAAGUGUUAUGGCCAUUGGUUGUUGUGUUAGGAUUCAUGCAAAUGGCGAUUGUUGUGUUGAAUGUGACUAUUGCAAGAAAAUAUGAAAAAGAAGAGAGUGAGCAUUCCAAUGAAGCAACAUGUGAAAAAAGAGUUUAA